UUAUAAUUAUUACAAUUAUAAACAAAGGGUAGUUAUGGCAUCAUAUAAAAUUCAUUUAGUAAAUAAAGACCAAGGAAUAGAUGAAACUAUUGAGUGUCCUGAUGAUCAAUAUAUAUUAGAUGCAGCUGAAGAACAAGGAUUAGAUCUACCCUAUUCUUGUAGAGCAGGAGCAUGUUCUACUUGUGCAGGUAAACUGUUAGAAGGACAAGUAGAUCAAUCUGAUCAGUCAUUUCUAGAUGAUGAUCAGGUAAAAGCAGGAUUUGUCCUAACAUGUGUUGCAUAUCCUACUUGUAAUGCAACAAUUUUAACUCAUCAAGAAGAAUCAUUAUAUUAAACUUUAUAAACUUUAAAAAGGGAAAUAAAAUGAUUCUUCUUGAU